AUGCCUCCCAACCUCACCGGCUACUACCGCUUUGUCUCGCAGAAGAACAUAGAGGACUACCUGCAAGCGCUGAACAUCAGCACAGCCCUGCGGAGGGUCGCACGGUGGCUGAAGCCCGACAAGGAGAUCGACCACCAGGGCGACCACUUGACGGUGAAGACCCUCAGCGCCUUCCGCACCUACGUCCUGGAAUUCCAGGUGGGCGUUGAGUUUGAGGAGGACCUGAGGAUCGUGGACGGACGGAAAUGCCAGGUACUUGUUCUGGGGUGGGGGCGCAGGAGGGGGCACCCACGGGUGACUCCCAGCAGUCUGGAGCGCAGCAGCGUGGCCGCUCCCAGCCAGCGCCAGGGACUGGGUCGCCACAGCAGGCCACGGCGCCCCAUGAUCCCCGUCUCUGGGACAAGAGGUCCUGGUGCCGCCACCCCCCACACUCUGUCCUCCUUGUCCCCGGCCCUUCUCAUCACCAGCUCAAAGGACAAAGAGCAGGCCACCCCGCCAAUGGGCAAACAUUCGCUCCCCCUCCGGCUGGUGACGCUGCUGGAACCGAGUCUCCUCAGCUUGGUCUCUGUAACCCCACUCUCCCGUGCUUUUUCCUGCUUUUUUUGCGUUCCUUCUGGGCCUUCUGUGAAGAGCUUAGUUCCCCCAGGAGUCCCCCAGACUGGAGCCUCCGCCCCAGAGUUUUGUGCUCGACCUUCUCUCCCUUGUCUGUUCACCUUCCAUGGGCUCAGUGGUCUGCCCCCACGCCUCCUGCUACGAUCUGUACAUGCCCGUGGUGUGUAGCCUCCAGCCAGAGCCAUCUCCUGAGCUCCAGGGUGGCGUUCUCAACUGCCUGCAAAAUGCAGUCACCCUCCACAUCCGCUGGUCCCACGUUCCCAGAUUCAACUCACCCCAGAUGGGAAAUAUUUGGGGGAAAAUAGACAAUAAAAAUAACGAUACA